UGCAUCUUCCAAACGUGGGUCGACGCGCCUUCUCUGUUACUCACUUCUGAAAUAGGCUAGCCUCAGCAGCCCAGAUUAACAUUAAUCGUGGGCUACAGUCGACCUAGAACGUGGGGAAUGGAUGCGGCUCAGUACGACAAAGGUAGCCAACGCGCCUCUACGUCCCGGGCUGGAUCUAUCCCGCGGAGAUCUACCACAGGCCAAUCAAGUCAGCAGACCACCAACGGAAUAGCUCAAUUGCUGAGGGGCGCAUCGCCGCGUGAGCAGACGGACUCGGACGAUGAGUUUGAGGAGGAUUAUUUUCAAACGCUAGUUACUCGCGGGGCUGCGAGGGGUGUUCUGACAGUCCAUGUCAAAGACUGUAGGGAUUUCAAGAACUUAUCUGUGAAGAGGGGAACUCAGAGCUUUAUGAGGGUGAGUGUAGGGGGAAAGGUCAAGUGUACCCGCCUCCAGCCUUACAAUGACCAAAAGGCCAACAACGGGAACAACGUCGCCAUUGCCUUCAACGAGUGGAUGUACUUCUCCAUACGGAUUCCCAAGGAAGAGGAGAGGCCCCUGGACACGGUCCACCAUAUCGUGGUCCUGGAGCUCAUCUUCUUCGAGCAGGACUCUGGCGUCCCCAAACUCAUCGGCAAGACCAUUGUCAAGCUGCACGACAUAAUGAAUAAAGAGAGAGCGGUCAUGCAUGAGGAUCUCAAACGCAGCCGUCAGGUCAUCUGUAAAUUAGACCUCGAAAUGGUGAUUACAUACGGAACCUUUGGCUACGGUCACUCCCAUCAGCUGCAACACCCGAAGAGGACCAUGGACAGUUUUGUCGAUCGCUCUCUUUUUCUCCGCUGUCCUCCUCCUGACGGGCGCAGGGACCCACGCUAUAACGUGUUGACUCCUCAUCCCACCAUCUCGCCGUACAUAGACAUCAUCGAGUCACUGCUGAAGAAAGAGUCCACAGGCCUGGACGCCCCUGACAGCCACCACAUAUUGCCCCCGCCGGUCAUGGCCCAGCUGCAGAGGCGGGGCAGGUUGCUUCAGCUUCACGAGACAUUUCAGUCGUAUCAGAACGAGACUGAUGUGAUUCAGGGUCUUGAGAAAAUUAUCCUCAAGAGGGGACUGCAGGCAAGCAGCACCUGGAGACAGAACAAAAAGUCCAAGAAAAUUUUGAACAGGUGGAAGAACAAAGCAAACUUGAUCCCCAAACUUCUGGGAUUCGCAGCGCAAGAUACUAAGAAAAGUGGUCCAGGACAGGAGGCCACCCUGAGUCCUCGUGCCCGGUCACCGCUCCUGGCUGCCGUGCUCAAAGCCAAUCGUAUGAAGGCUGCUAUUGAAGAGACGGAUGAACCCCAGCCUGACUCUCCUCCCAGCCCCAGGGUCAUUUUUGAGCAGGAGCAGGAGGGGUAUGCCGCGCCCCCCGCCCCCCUCUUCAGGCCCGGAGAGUCUCUGUUUCCUGCGGACGAGGUCCCAACGCCGAGGAGGAGUGCGGAGAGGGAGAGGACGGAGGAGGAGGCGGUGGUGAGCGGCAUGAACUCCCUGUCUCUGAGCCCUGAGAACCCCCGCUCCUCUCCUGUCGGCCUGCAGGAGCGCAAACUCCCCACCACCACCUCCAGCAGCAGGGGCACUUCGCCCACCACUAGCCCAGGACAGGCAGGCCUCUCUGGGCCAGCCACCUCCAGUCCCAUGGGCUCCUUCUGGGGCAAACUUAAGGGGACGGGGGGUACUACAGAGUUGGAGGAGGAUGUUUCCCCUGGCAUAUCUGUCCCGGGGCGACAGGAUCUGCCCUGGUUGAAUUCUCCUGCCCAGCCUGUGACAGCAGCCCCGCCCCCCGUGCGUCCAGCUGACCCGUCCUCUCAGAGCGAGGAGGACCCAACCGAGAUGUGGCUGCAAGCCCUCGCAAGCAUCCCCAGUCUGAGCUCCAUGCUGUCCGACAAGGACCUUGAGCCAAUCAGAGGCAGCCUUGCUUUCAGCCCGCCCCACUCUGACCCCUCCCCGCAGGAAGCCGGCUCCACGUCGUUGUUUACAGGCUCUGGGGGGCGCCGACCCAAACCUGGACGGGACAAGCUGAAGACCAUGGAGGGGAGCAAUGCCCCGUACCGCAAGCAAUCCCACCCCAGAUAACACACAACACAAUACUAUACAGGACAAGAUGAGACUAUUUUUUAUCUACUGCUAUGUUCUUUAUCAUUCUUUCUUCUCAUUUCCACCCAUUAAAAUGAAAUAAAUGAAUGUUCUGAGCAUAA